AUGAGAAAACCUCUUCUAGCAACACUUUUCAUUUGCUUAGCUCUGUCAGCUGCUCUAGCAGCCCACAGUACAGAAGAAUGGAAGAGUAGGACUAUCUAUCAGAUCAUCACUGAUAGAUUCGCAAGAACCGAUGCUUCUGACGACGGAGACUGUGAAGAUCUUCACCACUAUUGCUGAGGAACUUUCAAAGGUCUCGAAAAUAACCUUGAUUACAUCCAGAAAAUGGGCUUCGAUGCUAUUUGGAUCUCCCCUGUUCCAGAAAAUUAUGGAGAAGAUUACCAUGGAUAUGGUGCACUCGAUUGGUAUAAUGUUAACCCAAGAUUCGGAGGAGAAGAUGACCUCAAGAGCUUGAUUCAUGAAAUGCAUAAGAGAGAUAUGUGGGUCAUGCUUGAUGUUGUAGCAAACCAUGUUGCUUAUAUCGAUGAAGACUAUGAAAAGGUAACCCCAUUUGACAAGGAAGAAUAUUAUCAUGUCAAAUGUCAGAUCAAUAACUGGGAUGAUCCUAACGAAGUUGAAUAUUGUAGACUAUCUAAUUUACCAGAUCUUAACCAAGAUAAUCCCUAUGUUAGAGAGGAACUUAAGAAAUGGAUUAAAUGGGUUAUUGAUGAAUUCGAUAUCGAUGGAAUCAGAAUAGAUACAGUCCCUCAUGUAAAGAGAGAAUUCUGGAAGGAGUACACUGAUGCAGCUGGCUGUUAUGCUGUCGGAGAAGCUUUGAAUGGAGAUCCUCAUUUCUUGGCAAGUUAUCAAGGACCACUUCCUGCUAUGUUGAACUAUCAUGCCUUCUUUGCAUCUAGAGAUUUGUUUGAAAAAGGGUACUCAAUGUAUACUCUAAGAGAUGUAGUAAACACUGACAAUGAAGUGUUCCCAGAUCCUACAGUUUUGGGUACAUUUGUAGAUAACCACGAUAAGGCAAGGUUCUUAUCCUAUCAUAGUGACCAAAAGAAUUACCAAAAUUUGUUGGUAUUCAACUUCUUCCUUCAAGGAAUCCCUAUUGUUUAUUACGGGACUGAACAAAGCUUCAACGGAGGUGAUGAUCCCUGGAAUAGGGAAACAUUAUGGGGUAACAUGGAUACUGAAAGCGAAAUGUAUAAGUUUGUAACCAACAUGGUAAACGCGAGAAAACAAUUCAAAGUCUGGGAGCAUCCUCACAUUGAAAGAUAUGUUAACCAAGAUAUCUAUGCAUUCUCGAGAGGAGAUGUUCUUAUCGCUACUACUAAUGUUCAUACUUCAUUCGGUGUUGAUAUCACAUAUUUGCCAGAUUCUUAUAAAGAAGGUGAUAUUCUUUGCAAUGUCCUAAGCACUGGCAAUGACUGCAUCACAGUUACCAAUGGAUCUCUCAACGUACACUUUGAUGAUGGAGAGCCAAAGGUUUAUGUUCCUCAGGCGAGAUUAGUCAAGGAGUAA